AUGGGAGGGCCUAAUCUCGAAGUCUUCAAGUUUGGCAUGUACAUCAUGUUUCCCAUCGGCUGGAUGUACUACUUUGGCGCAAACCUCGAAGAGCGCUUCUCCGUCCCCGAUUUCUGGCCCAAGGAGAAUGAGACCCACACCAUCCCCUUUGAGAAGGACGAGAUCCAGUCCGAACUUGCUAGACUGCGCGCCCGUCGUCUUGCCGCCCGCCAGAGGAGAUUUGAGCUCGAGGGCAACAACGAGCCUGUCGAGCACCACAUCGAGCCCACUCCUAGCCCGAUCCUCGAGUCGCUGAGGAAUACCGACCAAUCGUCAUCUCUCCAACAACCACCCCACCCCGAACAAUCCACCAAUACCACACAAUCCCAGGGCUGGUUCUCAUGGCUCAAGUAA